AUGUCUUUGAACUCGUUAGUCAUCAACGGUAAACAGUACUUUAAACAAUUAAACCAGAAUGUCGCAUUCAGACUCCUGAAAGUGGCACAGUUGUUAUUGGGUGCGGCGUGCGUCGGCGUUGUUGGUUACUAUAUGGACAAUGGCUACUGGAGGUACAAUCAAAAAGCAGAGCUGUUCUAUCUGCUCGUCGCUGUAUCCUUCCUCAUUGGCACCUUCUGCCUUAUAACUUCGCAUCUGGUCUCCUUGUCUUCUUCUAUGAUAACCAAAACAGUUUACGAGGUGAUAUAUCACGGACUUGCAUUUAUUUUAUACCUGUGCGCUGGUCUCACACUCCUCAUAGAAGUUAACCAUCGGAAGAAUAGUUAUGGAUCUGUUUAUGAGGCUUACUUAGCAGCGGCGAUAAUGGGGCUAGUUAUGGCUGGUCUAUAUUUGCUUAGUACGUUCUUGGCAAACCGCUCGUACCGUGGCAUUUAA